AUGCUAAGAAAGCGGGAGCCCCGAGCGUGCGACAUCUGUCGCCAAAGAAAAGUACGAUGCAACGUGGCAAGAAUUGGUGUGCCCUGUUUCAAUUGCUCUCGGGCGUCUGCCACCUGCUCCGUGAGCCACAGUCCUGCGCGAGGAAAACGGUCAGGGGAGCAGGGAUCCGCGAACAUUGUGCCUCCAGCCAACAUCUAUACGUUCAAAGUUAACUUCCCCAGGACACAUAGCUCUCCUAGCGACGAUCUAACCGCUGUGCCUGCCCCCGAGUCCGCGCAAGGUUCACCCAAGGAAAGUCGUUACCAUGUCACAGACAUCCCGCCGAAUGAUGCUGAGCACAUCUCGUUGCCACCAAUCAAACAUGGGCUGCCGGAAUUUAUCGCCCCUCUGCCUGAGAGCAUCGACCAGAACGUCUUGCGACUGUUGCAUGAAAGCGGAGCUAUCUCAAUCCCUCCUAAAAGUAUAGUUGAUGAGCUGCUCAGAGGUUUUGUUUGCUAUGUGUAUCCCUUAUUACCGAUCGUCGACCUGGGCAGCUUUAUCGACGCCAUGAGUGGGACAAACGAGAACACCAUAAGUUUAUUGCUAUUUCAGGCGGUCAUGAUGGCAGGCGCUGCAUUUGCGGACCUGUCGCAUAUGCAAUAUGUGGAUUUUCAGAGCAGUACCGACAACCAAAGGAUGUUUUUCGAGCGAGUCAAACUGCUUUACGAAUUGGAUGUCGAAUCCAAUCCCACAACCAUGGUCCAAGCUCUUCUUCUGAUAACCUAUUGGCAUUCCCAGCUUAACGAUAUAAAAGGGCGAGUCUACUGGCUGAAUAUUGCUCUGUCACUGGCCUGUGGAAUCGGUUUGCACAUCCCUAGUCACUAUUCUGACCAGCCAGAACAAAGUCGAUUCCGCCGCAGGCUAUGGGGUUGCUGCAUCGUAAGAAGCCAGCUCUUGUCCUUGACGGAGCGCCGGCAAGUUUCACCUCCGUCAUUUGCCACGGAUUGCGAAGUCAUGCAACUAGACGACUGGGAUGACAUAGCUUUGACUCGGGCACUGACCAAAUACUGCCCUUCUGGCUGUGAUCUUGAUGUGAGUCUCGUGGGCCGACUAUUUAUACAACAGGUCAAGCUGUGUGUUAUCAUCAGUCGCGUCCUCGAAUCACAGUACGAAUUGAGCGGAGUGAGACGGAUCGACUCAAGCGAUGCACAUAUGAUGUUAAUACCAAAAGCAAAGGCUCCGAGCGUGGCAGUAGUUGCUCGGGAUCAAGAACUUCGAGAGUGGUAUACCGAGACAUCUUCACUCACCACUGCAUUCGGCCAAGAUCACCGCAGUAAUGGAGCACUGCUCGGCGUGCACUCUGCAGCACUAGAGAUGCUUUACUGGACGACGUUGUCUGCAGCUCAUCGCCCUCAUCUACUCCAUGAACAUCACACAGACUCGGCUACCGGAGCCCUGCAGGAGUACUCAUGCCUCACAGUCCAGUCCGCCGCACGACGGGUCACCGAAAUCGGGAAAACUUUGGAGGACAGCAAUCUUGUGCAGUUUCUGCCGCCGCUCGCGGUUGGAGCGUUCAUCGUGACAUCUAUUCAACAUCUUAAGGAUGCCAUGUCGACCGAACCGGAGCGACGCGGGACAGGAUCCCUGUAUCUUGGACAAACGCUUCAGGUGUUCACAGCAUUGAGGAAAAGGUAUUUGUCUGUAGAUACUGCGAUUGAUUUUAUCGAGCGUGUCAAGCGCGGCCGUGUCUUCUAUCAUUCUGUUGAGUGGGAGGAACGACUCCGUCCAGCGACUGGGGCGGAAGGAGCCUCAAUUCGCCAUUUUGCUGGAGAGCCUGAAUCUAGCCGUACAGCUGAGACGAGAUCUCUGCCCCAGCUUGAUAUGGACACUGCUGACCUACGAUGGUCUGAACAAAGUGGGCGCGCCACGCCUCGCAGCUUUCGCGAUGGUAACGACUUGUUGGACUUGGCGUACCUCCCGGUGCCGAACCUUGAAGGGUUCUCGGAAGUAUUUUUUUCAAGCUUGGUCUGA